AUGUCGGCAGCAUCCACCACCCCUCCCCGUUCACGCGAUUUUGUGAUACGCGUGCCCGCAACGUCCGCGAACAUAGGGCCUGGCUUCGAUGUGGCUGGCAUUUCGCUCGCUCUCUAUCUCACCCUGGCGGUGCACUUCGAAUCGCCAUCGAGCGACUGGUCUCCGACGCGUGCGACCUUCCCUGCGGAGUCUAUAAAUAUCUCAUACACAGGCGAGGGCGCAGACGAAGUGCCGCUUGAUCCAUACAAAAACCUCACGACGCGUGUGGCACUCUACGUCCUCCGCUGCCAUAGCAUCCCCUUCCUUCCGCCCAACCUCACCAUCAAAGUGCACAACGAAAUCCCCUUCGGCCGUGGCCUUGGAUCCAGCGGAGCAGCAGUCAUUGCCGGUGUUCUUCUCGGAGACGCGCUUGGAAAGCUCGAGUUGAACAAAGCGCGCAUGCUUGACUUCGCUCUUAUGGUUGAGCGCCAUCCCGACAACGUCGCUGCCGCUCUUGUUGGCGGAUUUGUGGGCUCAUAUCUUCGCGAGUUGGACCCGGAAGCAACACAAGCAGCCAGCGUUCCUCUAGCAGAGGUGCUCCCCGAGUAUCCCCCUGAUGCCGGUCCGGAAUGGGGCAGAAACCCGCCUGUGCCGCCAGGAGGUAUUGGACACUGGGUGCGCUUCAGCGUAACACCCGAGAUCAAAGCGGUUGCCAUCAUACCGCGUUUUGAACUGAGCACAGCUAAAGCUCGCGAGGUGCUCCCAGACAUGUACUCACGGAAAGAUUUGAUCUUCAACCUACAGCGACUUGCAGUCCUCACUACCGCGUUGGCCCAGUCACCGCCUGAUCCUGAACUCAUCUACGAAGCGAUGAAAGAUCGGGUACACCAACCGUAUCGCAAGCCUUUGAUCCCGGGUCUUAUGGAGGUCACUUCCACAAUCACGCCGGCUACGCAUCCGGGGCUACUCGGCAUCUGUCUAUCGGGCGCGGGACCAACCAUCCUGGCUCUCGCUACCGGCGGGUUCGAGCGCAUAGCAGAGGAUGCUCGCAGUUUGUUCUUACAGCAGGGCGUGGAGGUAGAUUGGAAACUCCUUGAGAUUGUGAAAGAAGGCAGCUCGAUUGAGUAUGUAAAUUAA